CAUUUCCUCGCCGAGGCUAUAUCCAUCCAACUCACCACCAGCUCGCGGCGGCGAUUUUCUACUGCGACCAUAUCUCAUCUACCCUAGAUACCGAUUGCACCUUCUCUAUAUAUUGAAGUUCUCGCCGUAGUCGUCAAAAAUAAGGAAUCUGUCUCAGAUUUUCGCUUAUUUAUAUCUCAGUUGCCUCAUCCGUCUCUGAUUUGCCUUGAUAAUUGUAUCGAUUUUGUUUUUCCUGGUCGGUUUCCUGAAAUUCUGGUUGAAUUGACCUGAAAUAUCGCUAGAUCUGAUACACGGACGCCUAUAAAUUUGUGUAAUUAAAAUCGAUACUACAGUAUAUAAUACAGUACAGUAUAAGAUAUAUAAAGAGGUUUUGGUGGAUUCGGGAACCACGAGAACGAUGUCGGCGGUGUCGGGAUCGGGGAUUCAUGUGAGAGGCGGCGGCAUGAUGAAGCCAGUCUGCGCGCCGAGCCAUCAACUGAAUGCGGUGGCGGCUUUAUCCCGUAGGGUGAGGGUGUCGCGUGCAUUUGCGUCGAAGCAUAGGAUGGUGAACCUGGACAACAGGUUUUUCAACGGCACGAAGCUGCGGAGCAGUGCCGGGAUGGAGAGGAUGCAGCUUUGGCAGACGGCCGGGCCGGUUCGGUCACCGAUGCUGCGGUUUGUUGCGAAGAAUUCGAUGUCUCUGGUGCCGGAGAAGCCGCUCGGGUUGUAUGAUCCGGCCUUCGACAAGGAUUCGUGUGGAGUCGGGUUUGUAGCGGAACUUUCUGGUGAAAGCAGCCGUAAAACGGUGACGGAUGCUAUAGAGAUGUUAGUGCGGAUGACCCACAGAGGUGCGUGUGGCUGUGAGACAAACACUGGAGAUGGAGCUGGAAUUCUUGUUGGCGUUCCUCAUGAAUUCUACAGAGAGGCUGCGAAAGAUGCUGGAUUUGAGUUGCCCCCACCUGGGGAAUAUGCAGUCGGCAUGUUUUUCUUGCCUGUUUCGGACAGUCGGAGGGAACAAAGUAAAAUUGUGUUCACAAAGGUGGCAGAAUCACUUGGGCACUCAGUUCUUGGGUGGCGUCUUGUGCCCACAGACAACUCAGGAUUGGGCAAGUCUGCUUUGCAGACAGAACCCGUCAUCGAACAAGUUUUUCUUACAGCCACUCCACGGUCUAAGGCCGAUUUUGAACAACAGAUGUACAUAUUAAGGAGGGUUUCUAUGGUAGCAAUCCGAGCUGCAUUGAACCUUCAGCACGGUGGGGUUAGAGACUUCUACAUAUGUUCUCUGUCGUCCAGGACUGUUGUCUACAAGGGUCAGCUGAAACCUGAACAGUUGAAGGAAUAUUAUUAUGCAGAUCUUGGCAAUGAAAGGUUUACGAGCUACAUGGCCCUGAUACACUCUAGAUUUUCAACAAACACAUUCCCUAGCUGGGAUCGAGCUCAGCCAAUGCGGGUCCUUGGUCACAAUGGAGAGAUAAAUACACUUCGAGGCAACGUCAAUUGGAUGAGGGCACGUGAGGGCCUUCUGAAAUGUAAGGAGCUUGGCCUCUCAAAGACUGAGAUGAAGAAGCUUCUGCCAAUUGUAGAUGCCAGCUCUUCUGACUCAGGUUCAUUUGAUGGUGUACUCGAGCUUUUGGUUAGAGCUGGUAGAAGUCUCCCUGAAGCUAUGAUGAUGAUGAUCCCCGAAGCCUGGCAAAAUGAUAAAAAUAUGGAUCCUGACCGAAGGGCUCUUUAUGAAUAUUUCUCAGCUCUGAUGGAGCCAUGGGAUGGUCCUGCUCUUAUAUCAUUUACCGAUGGGCACUAUCUUGGAGCAACAUUAGACAGAAAUGGGUUACGUCCUGGUAGAUUUUAUGUUACACACAGUGGCAGAGUUAUCAUGGCAAGUGAAGUAGGCGUCGUUGACAUCCCUCCAGAAGAUGUAGCCAGAAAAGGAAGACUUAAUCCUGGUAUGAUGCUUCUUGUUGAUUUUGAGAAGCAUGUUGUGGUUGAUGAUGAAGCCUUGAAGCAACAAUACUCACUCGCAAGACCUUAUGGUGAGUGGCUAAAGAGACAAAAGCUGCAAUUGAAGGACAUAGUUGAAUCCGUUCCAGAAUCAGACCGAACUCCUCCAGCGAUAGCUGGUGUUUUACCGGCAUCUUCUGAUGAUGAAGAUAUGGAAAACAUGGGAAUGCAUGGGAUUUUGUCACCAUUGAAGGCGUUUGGUUACACCGUGGAAUCUCUAGAAAUGCUUUUACUGCCAAUGGCAAAAGAUGGUAUUGAGGCCCUCGGUUCAAUGGGGAAUGAUGCUCCAUUGGCUGUGAUGUCUAACAGGGAGAAACUUACAUUCGAGUACUUCAAGCAGAUGUUUGCUCAGGUCACUAACCCUCCAAUAGACCCUAUUCGGGAGAAGAUUGUUACCUCCACGGAAUGCAUGAUUGGUCCAGAAGGCGAUCUGACAGAGACCACAGAAGAGCAAUGCCAUCGUCUGUCCCUGAAAGGACCUCUCCUAACCAUUGAUGAAAUGGAAGCAAUGAAAAAGAUGAACUACCGAGGUUGGAAAAGUAAAGUUCUUGACAUUACCUACUCCAAGGAUUGUGGUAGGAAGGGCUUGGAGGAAACCCUAGACAGGAUAUGUAAUGAAGCACAUGAUGCAAUCAAGGAAGGAUAUACGACUCUGGUGCUUUCUGAUCGAGUUUUCUCACCAAAGCGUGUUGCGGUUAGCUCCCUCUUGGCUGUUGGUGCCGUACAUCAUCACUUAGUGAAGAAGCUUGAACGAACUCGUGUUGCAUUGAUUAUUGAAUCUGCCGAGCCCCGAGAAGUGCAUCAUUUUUGUACACUUGUAGGAUUUGGUGCAGAUGCAAUCUGUCCUUACUUGGCCGUAGAAGCCAUUUGGAGAUUGCAAGUUGAUGGGAAAAUUCCACCCAAACCAACUGGUGAAUUCCACUCAAAGGAUGAGCUUGUCAAGAAAUAUUACAAGGCAAGCAACUAUGGCAUGAUGAAGGUUCUAGCCAAGAUGGGUAUUUCAACUCUGGCCUCAUAUAAGGGUGCUCAGAUAUUUGAGGCCGUGGGCCUGUCAUCGGAGGUGAUGGAACGUUGUUUUAUAGGGACUCCAAGCAGAGUGGAGGGUGCAACUUUUGAAGCACUCGCACUUGAUGCACUUCAGUUGCAUGAGCUGGCUUUCCCAACACGUGCUUUACCACCUGGUAGUGCUGAGGCUGUAGCACUUCCUAAUCCAGGAGAUUAUCACUGGAGAAAAGGUGGUGAGAUCCACUUAAAUGAUCCCCUUGCCAUUUCAAAGUUACAGGAGGCUACUAGAGCAAACAGUGUAGCUGCCUAUAAAGAGUACUCUAACCGUGUUCAGGAACUGAAUAAAUCAUGUAAUUUGAGAGGGCUUCUGAAAUUUAAAGAAGCUGAGGUAAAGGUUCCUCUUGAAGAAGUUGAACCAGCUAGCGAGAUUGUAAAACGUUUCUGUACUGGGGCAAUGAGCUAUGGUUCUAUCUCAUUGGAGGCUCACACAACACUUGCUGAAGCAAUGAACCAGAUUGGGGGAAAGUCGAACACUGGUGAGGGAGGUGAAGAACCAUUUCGUAUGGAGCCUCUUGCAGAUGGUUCACGAAAUCCAAAGAGGAGUUCCAUAAAACAGGUUGCCAGUGGAAGAUUUGGAGUUUCCAGCUAUUAUCUUACAAAUGCGGAUGAAUUACAAAUAAAAAUGGCUCAGGGAGCAAAACCUGGUGAAGGAGGUGAACUUCCAGGGCACAAGGUAAUUGGUGACAUUGCUGUAACUAGGAAUUCUACUGCUGGUGUGGGCCUUAUCAGUCCUCCUCCCCACCAUGACAUUUAUUCCAUUGAAGAUCUAGCACAAUUGAUUCACGACCUCAAGAAUGCAAAUCCUGAUGCACGUAUUAGUGUGAAGUUGGUUUCUGAAGCUGGUGUGGGAGUGAUUGCCAGUGGGGUCGUUAAGGGUCAUGCUGAUCAUGUUUUGAUCUCUGGUCAUGACGGCGGUACCGGGGCUUCAAGAUGGACAGGCAUCAAAAGUGCUGGUGUUCCUUGGGAACUUGGUCUAGCAGAGACACAUCAAACCUUAGUGGCGAAUGAUCUUCGUGGUCGAACUGUUCUUCAGACUGAUGGCCAACUGAAGACUGGACGAGAUGUAGCUGUUGCUGCGCUUCUUGGUGCGGAGGAGUUUGGUUUCAGCACUGCUCCCCUCAUAACGCUGGGUUGCAUCAUGAUGCGGAAAUGCCACAAAAACACAUGCCCUGUUGGUAUUGCAACUCAAGAUCCAGUUCUUAGGGAAAAGUUUGCCGGUGAACCUGAACAUGUCAUCAACUUCUUCUUCAUGCUGGCAGAGGAAUUAAGGGAGAUUAUGUCUCAGCUAGGUUUUCGAACACUCAAUGAAAUGGUUGGUCGUGCAGACAUGCUUGAACUGGAUAAAGACGUGGCAAAAAACAAUGAGAAGCUUAAGAACAUUGAUCUGUCCCUUCUACUUCGCCCAGCUGCUGACAUCAGACCAGAUGCUGCGCAGUAUUGUGUGCAGAAACAGGACCAUGGGCUGGACACGGCUUUAGAUAACAAACUAAUAGCUUUAGCUACUCCUGCCUUGGAUAAAAGUAUUUCUGUAUACAUUGAAUCUCCUAUAUGCAAUGUAAACCGAGCAGUUGGAACCAUGCUAAGCCAUGAAGUGACGAAACGCUAUCGAAUGGCGGGACUUCCUUCAGAUACAAUUCAUAUCAAACUUAAUGGAAGUGCAGGUCAGAGUCUUGGAGCUUUUCUAUGUCCUGGCAUUACAUUGGAGCUUGAAGGGGAUAGCAAUGAUUAUGUAGGGAAGGGCCUGUCAGGAGGGCGAAUUAUUGUAUACCCCCCUAAAGGUAGCAACUUCGAUCCGAAGGAAAAUAUUGUCAUUGGCAAUGUAGCUCUUUAUGGGGGCACAAAUGGGGAGGCUUAUUUUAACGGAAUGGCAGCAGAAAGAUUUGCUGUUCGUAAUUCUGGUGUUAAAGCUGUAGUUGAAGGUGUAGGUGAUCAUGGAUGUGAGUACAUGACUGGGGGCACUGUUGUAGUGCUGGGAAAGACUGGUAGAAAUUUUGCUGCUGGCAUGAGUGGGGGCAUUGCUUAUGUUCUUGAUGUUGACUCAACGUUCAGUUCUCGGUGCAAUCAAGAGUUGGUAGAUCUUGAUCCAGUGGAAGAUGAAGAUGAUAUUUUGAUGCUCAGAAUGAUGAUACAACAGCAUCAGCGUCACACAAACAGCCAAUUAGCUAGGGAUGUCCUUUCAGAUUUUGACUCUCUUCUUAAGAAGUUUGUCAAGGUCUUCCCUCGUGACUAUAAACGCAUUCUAGCAAAUAAGAAAGUGGAUGAAAUUUCAGAGAAGACCGCUGAAGUUGCAGCCAAAGAGGCUGAGGCAGAAGAAGCAGCAGAGUUGAAGGAGAAGGAUGCUUUUGAAGAGCUUAAGAAGAUGGCAGCAGCAUCUAUCAACGAAACUCCCCAGGUUGAGGAACAAGAACCAGAAAAGAGGCCAACUAGGGUUCCUGAUGCUGUCAAACAUCGGGGUUUUGUUGCUUAUGAGAGGGAGGGCGUUUCGUACAGGGACCCAACUGUUAGGAUGAAUGACUGGAAUGAAGUUAUGGAGGAAUCAAAGCCAGGACCAUUGUUGAAAACACAGUCGGCUCGCUGUAUGGAUUGCGGCACUCCUUUUUGUCAUCAGGAGAAUUCUGGAUGCCCUCUUGGAAAUAAGAUACCAGAAUUCAAUGAGUUGGUUUACCAGAACAGAUGGCGAGAAGCAUUGGAUAGGCUUUUGGAAACUAACAACUUCCCAGAGUUCACAGGUCGUGUGUGCCCUGCUCCUUGCGAAGGAUCUUGUGUACUUGGCAUCAUAGAAAAUCCUGUGUCUAUCAAAUCAAUUGAGUGCUCUAUCAUUGAUAAAGCUUUUGAGGAGGGGUGGAUGGUUCCCCGGCCUCCUCAGACAAGGACAGGAAAAAGUGUUGCGAUUGUUGGAAGUGGGCCUGCUGGUUUGGCUGCUGCUGAUCAGUUAAAUAAAAAAGGACACUCUGUGACAGUUUUUGAGCGCGCUGACAGAAUUGGUGGAUUAAUGAUGUAUGGUGUGCCAAACAUGAAGACUGACAAAAUUGAUGUAGUUCAGAGACGGGUUGAUCUCAUGGAAAAGGAAGGAGUGAAGUUUGUAGUUAAUGCUAAUGUAGGAAAAGAUCCACUAUACUCUAUAGAUCAGCUUCGUGAAGUGCAUGAUGCAAUUGUGUUGGCUGUAGGAGCCACAAAACCAAGGGACCUUCCUGUUCCUGGGAGAGACCUUUCUGGAGUCCAUUUUGCCAUGGAGUUUCUUCAUGCAAAUACAAAAAGCCUUCUUGAUAGCAAUCUUCAGGAUGGAAAGUACAUCUCUGCAAAGGGAAAGAAAGUAGUAGUGAUUGGUGGAGGUGACACUGGCACGGACUGUAUCGGGACAUCGAUCAGACAUGGGUGCACCCGCAUUGUAAAUCUAGAACUUCUCCCUAAACCACCAGCUACCAGGGCUCCAGGCAACCCUUGGCCUCAGUGGCCACGGGUAUUCCGUGUAGAUUAUGGGCAUCAGGAAGCUGCUACCAAGUUUGGUCAGGACCCAAGGUCUUAUGAAGUGUUGACAAAACGUUUUAUUGGAGAUGAGAAUGGAACAUUAAAAGGACUUGAGGUUGUGCGCGUCAGUUGGGAGAAGGAUGCCAGUGGAAGGUUCCAAUUCAAGGAAGUUGAAGGUUCCGAAGAAAUUAUUGAAGCUGAUUUAGUCCUGCUCGCAAUGGGAUUUCUCGGUCCUGAAGAGACGGUCGCUGACAAACUUGGAGUGGACAAAGACAACCGAUCAAACUUCAAAGCUGACUACGGUCACUUCUCAACCAAUGUUGAAGGUGUCUUUGCGGCUGGGGAUUGCCGACGCGGACAGUCACUGGUGGUUUGGGCAAUAUCUGAAGGCAGGCAAGCAGCUGCACGGGUUGACCAAUAUCUCCUUGGAGAUGAGAAUGACGGCACUGAUGGACAGGAAGGACUCACAAAGCAGCAGCAAGACAACAGGAGGCAAACUGUGAAGACAUAGUCUGCUUGUGAUAUCCGAUAAGCUGAACUGUGUUGUCGGAAAGCUGCUAGUUGGGGUGGUCUCUCUAUGAAUUCAGAACUGCAGAUGAUCCAAACUAACCAGAACAGAUGCCGAGGGAUGGGGGUUUUGAAGGGAAGGAGGAGGAAAGCUUAUGCAGUGGUGUUAAUAAGUUGGAAAUAUUAUUGUUGGUGUUGAAAGUGCUGGCAAGACUAUGCCAAGCUUUAUGGAAUAAGCAAUAUUGUACAGGUUCUCUUAUCUUUUAAGCAGUAAUCUAUCAUCAAUGUUGCUGAGAAUUUUACUUCAUUAUUCUUUUGCUAUUAUGAAGAACAAUGAUUUUAAAA